GGCGAACUGUGUAUCACGGCCCCAAACUUAAAUAAAUGUAAAAUCGCAUUAGCAAAUAGCAAUCGACAUCGCAACUGGCAAGCAGCUAUAACCGUAACUGAUUAACUGCUACUAAAGCGCCGUGUCUAUGCGUCACGCUAUCAGAGAGUGCUACCAGUUACGACGCAUAAACUAAAAUAUAAGAAUCUGCAGUCAGCCCCAGCCUAGGGUUUGUCGUGCGAAUUUUAUCUGCUUACCUAUUGUUCCUUCCUUCACUCUUGUUUUUGCAUCUCUGUCUGAGAAUGAAAAUGCGUAGACCGCCUAAACAACACCUUCCCUUUCCGCGAACACUGCUAUUGAUUGUGUUUGCUGCAUUACUUUCCUUAAGCAUUGCUUUUUUUGGGUAUAAAAAUCCUUUAGAGAGUAGCAAUUUCCAUCCAAACCGGCAUUAUCAUCUUCAGAAUUGUUCGAAUGAGGCGCCGCGACCAGCAGUAACCGUUUCGCCGGCAGCGCUGACCGCAAUCACCACCGCCACUACCACACAUUUAAAGGAGUUGGGGAGCGGGCCCUAUCACAAUUGGAAGCUUUUUGCUGCGGAUUUUAAGGAGAUGAUGCAGCAUUUGAAGAUCUAUGUUUAUCCUGAUGUGUUUAACAGAAGCAACUCUCUGGCAAACAUUUUCCUUCCCCUCGAAAACCCUUUUCAACACCCAAAACUAGACAAUUACUUGAGCGAGCACAUGUUCAAGGCGGCCCUGCUUCGAAGUCCACUGCUCACCCUUGUCCCUGAACAAGCCCAUCUCUUCUUUCUCCCUUUCUCUAUCAACAACCUCAGAAACGACCAUCGCUUCCAUUCUGAGGCAUCCAUCUCGAAAUUUGUUGCCCAAUACACCACCACCAUCAGCCACCGUUUCAAAUUCUGGAAUGCUUCAGCUGGUGCCGAUCAUUUCUAUGUAUGCUGCCAUUCAGUUGGGCGCUUGGCAGCCUCCAGUCAUUCCGCUUUGCACAAUAAUGCCAUUCAGCUCACAUGUUCUUCCAGCUACUUUCAGCGGUUGUUUGUUUCCCACAAAGAUGUCGGACUUCCACAGGUCUGGCCUCGCCCUCCUCAGAAAACAUUGAAUCCUCCACAUACCAGGCACAGACUUGUCUACUUCGCUGGGCGACUUCAAAAUUCUCACAUUCGUCAGGAGUUGAUAAAUUUAUGGGGAAAUGACACUGACAUGGACAUAUUUGAUGGGAGUCCAAGUUUCCCUUAUGAUGAAGGCUUUAAGAGGAGCCGAUAUUGCCUCCACGUUAAAGGCUAUGAAGUUAACACUGCGAGGAUCAGCGAUGCUAUUCAUUACGGCUGCAUUCCUGUUAUAAUUUCCAAUAAUUACGACCUUCCAUUCGCUAAUGUCUUGGACUGGAGCAAGUUUUCAAUUAUCAUUCACCAUAGGGAUAUUGCCUUCUUAAAAAAGAGAUUGCUUGCAAUAACCACACAAACCUACCUGGACAUGUACCAUAAUCUCUGCAAGGUUAGGAGGCACUUCCGAUGGCACAUAACACCAAAGGGCUAUGAUUCCUUUUACAUGAGUGCUUACCAGUUAUGGCUUAGAAGAAGCAUCCUACGGUUGUUUUACUAAAUCUAAGUCACUGGAGGUCAGGGAUGUAAAGCUCUCAUCUUCAGGCACUUAUCGGGGUCCCCCAGCUAUUUAAAUUUUAGUUUUAAGUAAAAUCUUUCCUUGUACCACAUUGAGUAAAAUUUUGUAAUAUCAUUAACUGAAGUUGGAUAUGAGCUAUAUCUUGCUAUAUAAAUAUAGAUUUUCUGAGUAGAAAA